CUAGUCACUAUACACCAUCCCCUGAUUCCUUAUGGCCGUUGCCGUGGUCUCUGAUGCGGAGCAGCCACACUUGGGGAAGUUUUUGCGAGCAUCAAAAGCAUUUCAGCCCGGUGAUCUGCUGCUUCGUGAGGAGCCCCUGCUGCGGCUCAGGCGUUGGCAGGAUGCCCUGGCCGCUGCGAACGCGCUGCGCAAGGCACAGCUCUUUGUCCCUGAGGGUGAGAGCCCAUCCAUGAGGCGCUUGCAGCAAGCAACUGCAUCUGAGGCUGACCCUGAAACCGCGCUGUUUGUCCGAAGUGUGGUGCAUUUCAACUCCUUUGGAGCGGGCCCAUCUGGGCGAGAGCAGGUGGUUUUUCCAACGUUGGCACGAGCCAACCACUCUUGUUUACCCAACUGCCUUGUUGAUGCUGAUUUGGGCACUCUUCGUGCAGUGCGACCAAUCACCAUUGGCGAGGAAGUCACCGUGUCCUAUUUGGAUGAUGCAGGAUUGCUCAUGGACGUAAAGUCCCGGCAGAAGGAGCUGCAGGAGCGCUAUGAGUUCAGGUGUCAAUGCCGAAGGUGCACUUCAGUGGAUGACACCCGGAGGUUUAGUUGCACGUGUGGAGGGGAUCAGCUACCCGAACGGGGACGCCUCCGCUGUCAGCAGUGUGAACGGAGCAGUGAGGGGUCUGAGCUCUUCGAGGCCGAAGAGAAGGCUGCCAAGUCCUUGGAAGCGGCACGCUCUGGAGAUUUGGAAGAAGAAGAUGAGGGCCAUGAGCUGAUGAAAUGUCAUCGGUUCACCUCGAAACAUCCACAUCAUCAGCUCACCUUUGCUUUGGCCAAUGAGUUUGCCUUUCCAGAUCCUGAGGCCUCCCAACAAGCCGUGCUGACCAUUCUGGACUUGGUCUUGCAAAUGCCCUGCCAGCUGGCUCUUGAGACCGGCCGCGAUUUGGCCCGCCGUUUGGCCAAGAACGGGAAAGAGGAGCCAGCACGAAAGGCUUUGCAGCAGGCUGCAGCUGUGGCUAUGGUGCUCGAUGGCAAAAGCAGCAUUGAGGAGGUGCUGGCUGAGUGGGGCGAGACAAGGCAACGGCCUGUUGCCGUCUCAAAGACCUCGAAGACGGGUGACAUGGAGUCAUUGGUGCCCGAGGAGGAGACCAAUUGGCUUCAGAGGCAGCGAAAGGCAGCAGCCAAACCCACUGUGAAAGCAAAGAAGAGCACGCCUCCAGCUCCAGCUCCAGCAUCUCCCGCUCAACCAGCUGAGGUCCUUGCCAAAGUCGGCAUGGCUUUGUGAUAGUAGCAGGGUAUUUUCACUUCAGCUAGACAGAAAAAGAGGUGCCAAGUUCCAAGCCACAAGAUUUAAACGCCACCUGAGGAGAGCACUGUGGCAGAUGAGCCUGAGAUGCAGCAAUGGCAGCAGCUGUGGCAUAUGUUCUGCCACCCAGCGAUGCUUUUGGUGCCAGUGGCUCUGGCGGUGGUGUUCUGGCAGCGGCGGGCAAAGACCUGACAAUGUGAAAAGCGGUCGUUUGCGGCUGUUUGUUGCAAACUUUGGCAUGCGGGGAGAGAAGAGAACAAGCCAGAACAAAGCAACCACUGGGUGAAGCACUGUGUUUGUAAGAAUGUUGUUUGAGGGUUAUGGAACCAGACCAAAUUGGCCGAUCACGAAGUACUCCUUUUUAUGAGGCUUUGCCUUUGCGAGUAGAAGCAAAUUCUGCAAAGAACCCUUGCUGUUUGCCGGCCUUUUGGCGCAACACUUUAUUCAAGGGCGUCGAGGCAUAGCAAAGCUUGCCUUCACAGGCCCUGAAGGACGUGCCUGGCCCUAUUAGUAGAGUCACCUGGGCCCAGUUUUCUC